CUGUAGGGAGAUUGGGGACUCUCCACCCUGCUUCCCCGGAGCUGGCCCGAGUCUCCCUCCUCCUGCCCUCGGCAGCAGCCAUGGCGGCCCCCGAUCUGUCCGCGAAUCUCCAGGAAGAAGCCACCUGCGCCAUCUGUCUGGACUACUUCACGGAUCCGGUGAUGACCAACUGCGGCCACAACUUCUGCCGGGAGUGCAUCAGCCGCUGCUGGGGACAGGCCGAGGGCCCGUACCCGUGCCCGGAGUGCAGGGAGAUGUCCCCGCAGAGGAACCUGCGGCCCAACAGACCGCUGGCCAAGAUGGCCGAGAUGGCCCGGCAGCUGCACCCGCCAUCGCCCGUGCCCCAGGGCUUGUGCGGGAAGCACCGGGAGCCGCUCAAGCUCUUCUGCGAGGAGGACCAGGCGCUGCUCUGCCUCGUGUGCGAGCGCGCCCGAGACCACUGGACCCACCGGGUGUCCCCCGUCGAGGAGGCCGCCGAGGACUACAAGGGAAAGUUGGAGAAAUCACUGGAGCACCUGAGGAAGCAAAUGGGAGAAGCUCUGCAGUUUCAGACCCAGGGAGAGGAGACUUGUAUUAUUUGGCAGAAAAUGGUGGAGAGCCAGAAACAGAAUGUUACAGCUGAGUUUGAUAAGCUUCGACGAUUUCUGGCUGAGGAGGAGCAGAAGCUCCUGCAGAAGCUGGAUGAGGAAGAGAGUGAGACUCUGCCUAGGCUCAGGGAGAACAAGGCUAAGCUGAUUCAGCAGAGCCAUUCCUUGGAAGAGCUGAUCACAGAGCUAGAGGAAAGAUGCCAGCGUCCUGCCUUGGGCUUGUUGCAGGAUGUCAGAGAAGUACUGCGUAGGAGUCAGGAUGUGAAGUUGCAGCUGCCUGAGGUCGUUUCCAUGGAGCUGAGGACUGUAUGCAGGGUUCCCGGGCUGGUAGAGAUGCUGAGGAGAUUCAGAGGAGAUGUGACUCUGGAUCCAGAUACAGCAAAUCCUGAACUGGUCCUCUCUGAAGACGGGAGAAGUGUUAGACGGGGGGACAUACGGCAAGCAUUGCCUGACAGCCAGGAGAGAUUUGAUCCUGGUCCUUGUGUGCUUGGUCGUGAAAGCUUCACUUCUGGGAGACACUAUUGGGAGGUGGAGGUUGGGGAGAGGGUUAAUUGGGCUCUGGGAGUUUGUAAAGAAAAUGUGAACAGAAAGGAGACAGGGGAAUUGUCUGCUGGCAAUGGAUUCUGGAUCCUGGUGUUCUUUGGAAACUAUUACUAUUCUCCUGACCAGACCUUCAUUCCGCUUAGAGAGGCUCCCCGGCGAGUAGGGAUUUUUCUGGAUCAUGAGGCUGGACAUAUCUCAUUUUAUAGCGUAACUGAUGGAUCCCUCUUAUUCAUGUUCUCCCAGGUAACCUUCUCUGGGACACUAAGGCCCCUUUUCUCCCCCUUAUCCUGUAGCCCAAUCCCUAUGACCAUCUGCCGGGUAAUAGGAGGAGGUGAGGAAUCUUUUACCUCUUGAAUCCUCUGACAUUUUGGCUCAACCCAUCUUUUGUGAUCAGGAAGUCAUAAGUUGCCCAGGCGCCUUACAGUUCCAGAGCUACUCCUUUCCCUUCGUCUCAGCAGUUCAAAAGGAUGUGGAGAUUAUAAAGAAAGAGAUCUUUUUUAUUUUAAGCUCGUGAAUAUGGACUCUAUACCACUGAGAUAAAUAGUUUGGUGCCAAAAUAUUAAGCCUUCCAAAUUUAUAUGCACCCUACCCAAAUCAUUGGUUUUUCUCCAACAAUAUCCCAAGUGGUGCAAGGGAAAGAUUUUUGAGAUGAGCCUUGCAAUCAGGAUUCUAAUCCUGACUUUUCUACAAGGUAGAUUUGUGAUCUUGGGACAGAUCAUUAAUCUCUGGAUUUUGUGGUGAAACAUUUAGACCAGAUAAUGUUUGAGGUCCUCAGUGUCUUUGUAAUGUUCUCAUUUUCACACCAAGUGUCAAAAACUAUCUUUAGAUGCAAAGAAAUCUUGAGAGUUUUAGUAUGAGCAUCAGUGUGAUUGGGGGCUGGGCUACUGAAAUAUCUUUUUGGGCCUAGUGUUGCUACAGGAAUCCUGAGGGUCCUUGAUUUUACCAAACCAGACCUUCCUGUGGAGAAAAGCCACAGACAUAAACCUAGAAACCAGGUGUCAGCUGCUCCAGACUCAGCUUUGACAUAAGUGAGUUAACUCUCUAGCAAGUCACUUAACCUCCUUGGUAUUCAGUUUCCUCACAUACUAGAAGCAUUAGAUUAUUUCAGAGGGUACUUUCUGCUUUAGAAGUCAUUCAUCUUGAAUAAUCAAGAUAGGAUAUAAGGCCAAAGGAGUCUUCCAUAAAGAUAAUAGGUAUGUAGAUAGCUAUUAUCUUUUUAUCUAAAUACUAUAUAAAAGACAUUUAUAUGGGGAAUAAGCGUUUACGUAGUGGCCACUAUGUGCAAGGCACUAUACUAAGCACUUUACAGUUAUUAUUUCAUUUGGGCUUCACAGCAAUCUUGUGAUGUAGGUGUUAUCCCCAUUUACAGUUGAGGAAACUGAGGCAGCUAAUAAUGCUGGAUUUCAAAUGAAGUAUUCUGACUUUUAGCCCAGCGCUCGAUCCACUAUGCCACCUACCUGCUUUACAUGCAUUAUUGUAUUUGUUCCUCACAACCUUAUGAAGCAGGUAGUAUGAAAGUAAGGAUUCUAUCUCAGACUUGCUUCAGGUGUUAAGCUAGUUAACCUCAGAGCUGGAACUUAACCAAGGUUAUCUGAAUAAAAAUAGUGUUCUUUUGACUACCAUGUCUAAAGACACAAGGACUUUUCAAUUUAGGAAGACAUGUUAAGAUAGAAGCCCCCCAAAUUAUGCAUAGAUUGAACUUGGACUUGGUCACCAAACUCUGGUAUAUCAUAGAAGGGAAGUGCUUAUUUGGUACAUUCGAGGACCAAGGCUGGAUUUGACAUCAGGUCUUCCUGCCCUCUCUUAAGAGGUAGUACAGACUGAAAAUAAAAAAAUAUACGUGGGAAAACAGUAUUUCAGUAAGUAGGUAGAGACCAGAUAGGUUGCAAAGGGCAGCUAGGUUAUUUAGUACACAUUGCUAAAUUUUGAGUUUAACACCAAGAACUGGCCUUUCCCAAUAUUUGAAUCAUCAGUGAUGAUUCUAGAUUGGAUGAACCACAGGCCUAACACAGGAUGGAUGAUAAGAUCACAAAUUGAGGCUGCAGGGGAACUUAGAGGACAUUUAGUUUGAUCUCAUUUUCCAAAUAAGGCAACUGAGGCCUGGACAUUCAGUUACAUGUCCAAGGGGAACGGGUAGUAAAACAGGGAUGUGAACCAAAACUUUUGACUUGAAAUCUAGGACUUUACACUUGCCACACAUUUUUAGAACUUGAAGCAGUCAUUCAAUUUACCUAGGUUAGGCAAUUGCCGUGCAUAUCAAAUUGGUCUGAAACUCUGAUCUUUUGUGACAUCCAUUGUAAAGCUACGGCCAAGAUGGUGAUGAAUGUACGAUGAAAUAUACAUGGGACCUGUUGUCCAGAGAACCAGUUUCAAGUCCCAGUUUGCCACUAAUUGAGUGAUCUUGGACAGGCCACUUCACUUCUCUGGCCUCAGUUUCCUCAAUUCUAAAAUGAGAAAGUUGGACUCAUCAAUAUUUGCUCACUCAGUCUGUGCAUGGACUGGUAAAAUACCUAAUUCUCUAUUGCACAUUCAAAAUUAUAUAAGCCUACAACAUGUAUUUCAAGAUUCUGUCCUUGAAAGAGGCAGGUUAAAAUGAUUUAUUAACUGUUGACCCUCCUUAUAUCUUCUUUUGACUUGGUAGGUGGUUGAACUUUAAAAAAACAUUUACACAACUCCUUAAAAAGUAUAAUUGGCUAAAUACAAAGGAAAGUACAAAAGCUAAUUGAGGAAAACAACUUAAAAGUUAGAAUUGGGCAAAUGGAAGCUAAUGAUCAAGAAUCAAACAAAUUCAAGAGAAUGAAAGAAAAUGUAGAAUACCUCAUGGGAAGAACCACUGACCUGCAGGAGGGACAGUGUCAGAAUCAUUGGACUACCUGAAAGCCAUAAUCAAAAGGAGGUCCUACCCAGCAAAAUUAAGCAUAAUAUGUCAAGGGAAAAAAUGGUCAUUCAAUGAAAUAGAAGGAUUUCAAGCUUUUAUAAAGAGAAGACCAGAAUUAAACCAAAAAUAUGGUCUCCAAUAUCAAGACCCAAGAGAUAUAUAAACAGGUUAAAAAAAAGGAAAGAGAUUAAGUAGAACUAAACUAUGUCCCUACAUGGCAACAUAUUUGUAAUUCUAAAAAUUGUAUGGGACAGCUAGAAGGAAUAUGCAUAGACAGGGUACAGGUGUAAGGUGAAUUCAUGGGAAUGACAAAAAAUGAAGGGAUGAGAAAGAGGAGCACACUGGGUGCAGAAGGAAGGAAGAGGUAGA